GGAUAAGAUAUUGCCAUUUGUAAAUAUCACAUUAUUUAAUUAUUUUGGGGUUUUAACAACCGUUAGAAGUAAAUUGUAUAAAGUAUUUUAUUUUAUAUCAGUUAUACGAAACAUUUUCUUCAGUUGGAAAAUACUAUAUAUUUUUGAAUAAAACCAAUUAAAAUUUAUAAAUAUAUAAAUGCAGAUAUUUGAAAAUAAUGAUGAAACUUACCUUCAAAGUUCCGAAUAUACAUUUUUUCACUAUUAAUCAGGACGAAGCGGUUGAAAAGUAAACAUAACCAUUAAGUCACAUGGUAAAUUUUAGGUUAAAAGCACGCUGAUCGAUGUAUGUUGCAUGAUUGAGUUAAUUACUUAUACGUUGAGAAUAGUAGGUCAGAAUUUAAAAUGUUUUUAAUUUUAUUAAAUUAAAACAGAUUUUUUAUCAUUAAAUAAUUAAAAUAUUAUACUUUUCCGUAUUCUUUCACGGUUUCACAUUAACUGUUCAAAACAAACAUUCCACAAUGAGCAACGGGGACCCUAUAGCGCAAUGACGUGGCAAUGACGAAUAAACACUACUGCGAAUAAUACGUGACUUACGCAAUAAACGCAAAUUUCGUUAACUUUUCGUUACUAAAACAUACUCAGAAUCGAUGAGGUGUACAAUCGUUAAUUGUAACAUUUUUUUAAUAUGAUAUUAAAAUGAUGUUUUAGGGAACACAAUUUUUAAUUUUAAAGAUUUAUUUAAUAAAAUAAACCAAUUUUUUCUAUCAUUGUAUUAUUUCUUAUGACUUUUGAAAGACGCGAUUUAUGAAUUCAAACUUUUGAUAUCUUGCCUCCUAAACCCUACAGUUUAGAGCAUGCGUAUUUUAUUACAGCUGGUUUUUCCUGAUUUUACCAUUAUAAUCCAUACUGCACAUUUUAAUGGUUAAUCUGCCGGCAUCCACGUGCUAAAGAUCCAUAAAUAACCUCGAUUAGGCUGAAGAUAAAUUUCGAUAUUUUGUGUUCUUAGUGCAAUUAAGAUUUUUAAAAUUAAAUUUAAAUUUAAUUGCUUGGUUGCAUCCAAAAAAUGGAUUACGAAAAUCUAUCUAACUAUAAGCCAUUGACUUUGAAAAGCCAUUUGCUGUGGUAAAAUUUCUUGAUGAUGCAGACGAAUUUCCGUACUCAGAGGUGCCUUCCGAAUGGUUGUCGAAGUUUGUGGAUGAAAAUAACAAUGAGGAAUAUUUCAUGUGCUGGUGGCCCAAAGCAUCAGAAAAAAAUGUUUCAUCGUUAAUAUCAUCCAAAGCAAAAGUCGACGAAACCAAUUGGAUACAACUGGCAGUUGAAUUUGACAAAUAUUGCUCUACAUUACACAGUGCUCGAAAAAGAGCAGAAAAUUCAAAUUACCAAACAACAGACGAAAAUAAUUUAGGUAAAGGUUUUCGGAGAAAAAGAGUAAAAGAAUUUUCAAGUGAUGAUGAAGAAAUAAAUAAUAAAAAUAAAAGGAAGAAGCAAUCUGCCUAUCAAAAUAAAUCCUUUGAGGACGAAGAUGCUGAACUUCCGAAAAUCUCCAAGUUACCAAUAUUUUCAGACACAGUUAUGUCAACAGAAAUAAGAAAUACAUGUAUAGAUCUAACCGAUUUUAAUUCUGGAAAUGUAUCUCUUAUUUCUGGAUCAGUAGAUGGUGGUACAAAAAAUAUAAUUGUACCACAAAAACUGCAUGAUGGUUCCGAGACUAAAACAGAUCAAAUUCAUUACCGUGUGUUGGCCGAAAUAAAAUUAGAGCUUAGAGAUAUAAAUACACGUUUAUGCAGGCUCGAGAAAAAAAGUCCAUUAUCUGUACAUGAAGGUUUUCAAUUAAUUGAGGAUUUGAUACCAUUUCGUCAUGAAAGUGAAAUAUCUGAUUUUAAUGAUAGAUUAAAAAAUAAUGCUGAAAUGAGUAAAUUAUUUGAAUCAUUCAUUUUAAAAAUUGGUGGAGAUGGCUCAAAGGGGCAUAUUUAUCAGGCUCUUGCCAGAGUCAUAAAAAACAAGUGUGCAAGGGGAUUUACAUGGAAAGGGAACAAAUCAAAGCCAGGAGCAAAAAAUUUGAGGUGUAUGAAGGAUAUAAAAGGUGCAUUAUGCAAAACUCACACUACAUUAACUGAGGCGGAUUUCGACAUACAUGCCGCGGAAUGGUUCCGCACUGCGAACCAACGAUACAAAAGAGAAAAAAUAAAGAGGCAAAAUGCUCGAAGGCAGAGUCAGCAAGCUGAAAACUAACUUUCUCGUUUUUGCUUAAUUUUUAAGAAAAACAUUGUUUUUGUUUUUUUAUAUAAUUUAUAUUAAUUAUUUUAAAAGACACAGUCUGACAUUUAUUUAAGCAUUUAUAAUUGCAAUCAAUAUUUUCAACAGUAACUUUAACGAUUUUUUAAAAUCUAUUUAAUAACUUUCUGUUGGACGGAUAAAAAGCAUUUGCAAUAAGACUGACUUUCUCGUUUUUGAUUAAUUUUUAAGGAAAACAUUGUUUCUAUUCGUUUAUAUUAAUUAUUUCAUGAGACACAGUCUGAUAUUUAUUUAAGCAUAAUAAUGAUGAGUAUUAGUAAUAUAUGUUGUCUAAUUACUAUCUAAGUAUAAUUGCAAUCUGUAUUUUCAACAGUAACUUUAACGAUUUUUUAAAAUCUAUUUAAUAAUUUUCUGUUGGACGGAUAAAGGGCAUUUGCAAUACUUUAAUUUAAAGGGUACAUGAUAUCGCAUAAGAUAGUGUUUUGUUCCAAGUUUCGAUGCGAUCUUUGUAUUUCAAUAAUAAGUAAAGAAAACAUUUAUUUGUAUGAAUAAAUUUACUUUGUAACGAAUUAUAUAAUUGUUUUUCUUUAUACCCCAUUUUUUCAUUUUGUACAUAUUUGUGAAACCUAUUAUCAAAUUCUCUACUCUUA